AUGGCGAGCGUCGACGAAACCGUUGCCAAUGUGCAGCGCAAGAUUGACCGUGAGAGGGCGCUGAUCAACGCGGCAAACGCCAUGCGCCAGUCAACCAACAAUCCCGCCGUGCUUUCGCGCCUCGACGGGCAGAUCAAAGACGGCCACAGAAACAUCGAGUACUUCGAGUCCAAGUUGCGAGAUCUCGACGUGCAAAGAACGUCGACGGGCAUGGAGAACAUGAGUCUGCAGCCCGGCAGUGGGGGAUCGGGUGCACGGAAGCCCGUCAACAAUCCCCUCACUCCUCCACCAAAGGACGGCUGGAGCAGCUACACGCAGCCAGACCAGGGCGGCUACGGUGGCCCACAGAGCCAGUAUAGCAAUCUCAGCGGGGGCGAUGGCCUCAUGCCACCUCGCGCACCCUAUGCACCACCAGGGCCUGGCACCACAAACAAACGUCCCAAUUACAGCAAACUAGGCAAGUCUCAUCUCAUUAAAUAUGAUACCCCGCAUCUCGGUCCCCGCAUCCAGCUUAUGCUGUCCCAGCUCGAAUUUAAGCUUAGUGUUGAGAAACAAUACAAGGAUGGAAUCGAGAAGAUGGUGCGCCUUUAUCAGAUGGAAGGCGAUCGCAAAAGCAAAACCGAUGCAGAAGCCAAGCGCAUCGAAAGUGCCCAGAAAAUCCAAUUGCUAAAACACUCCUUGAAGCGCUAUGAGGACUUGCACGUGGACAUCGAGGGCGAAGGUGGAGACGAUGACAGCCUGAACAUCCCCAGUCAAAGGAAACCCCUGAGUGGCCAUCUUUCUUUGCGCAUCCACGCCGUGGCCGACGUCGACCAUGCAGCCACUGGCCGCUUCAGUCGUGGGCCCGAAACUUUUGUCAACAUCAAGGUCGAAGAUGCAAUCAAAGGCCGCACCAAACCGACGCGUAAUGACCGCUGGAUUGAUGAGCAGCACGAGUUUGCCAUCGACAAGGCGAAUGAAAUCGAAAUCACAGUCUACGACAAGACAGGUGAUCACCUACUGCCCAUUGGAAUGCUUUGGGUUCGCAUCUCGGACAUCGCCGAAGAGAUGCGUCGCAAGAAGAUUGAAACCGAACUUCAGAAUUCUGGUUGGGUUGCUGCGGAUAAGAUGAGUGGAGCUGCUGCUGGCAUCCAGCCUGAUCUUCAAUUCCAACCUCCUCCGGGUCAGAAUCCAGCGGGCACUCCUGGAGCACCAGCUCCUGGAGGUGCGAGGCCCCAGGGUGGUCCACAGCCGCAGACUGGGCCGAUCAUGAUUGAUGACUGGUUCUCGCUCGAGCCAGUAGGCCGCAUUCAUUUGACCAUGUCUUUUGCCAAGAACACAGGCAACAAGCAGCCAUUCGACCUUGGACUUGGCCGAAAGGGUGCCGUUCGGCAGCGCAAAGAGGAUGUGGUGGAGCAAUAUGGACACAAGUUCGUCCAGCAACAAUUUUACAACGUCAUGCGUUGUGCUCUUUGCGGCGAGUUCCUGAAGUAUGCCGCUGGUAUGCAGUGUUCCGACUGCAACUACACAUGUCACAAGAAAUGUUACCCCAAGGUAGUGACAAAGUGCAUCACACAAUCAAACGCCGAAACCGACCCGGACGAGGCCAAGCUCAACCACCGGAUCCCUCAUCGGUUCGAAAACUUCUCCAACAUGGGAGCCAAUUGGUGUUGUCACUGUGGUUAUGUCCUACCACUCGGUCGCAAACAAACAAAGAAGUGUGCAGAAUGUAAUCUCACAUGCCACGCACAUUGCGUGCAUUUUGUUCCCGACUUUUGUGGCAUGUCCAUGGAAGUAGCUAACCAAAUCCUCAUGGAGAUCAAGAGGACACGAAGAGGACAAUCUGCGUCGGGUCCAGGUGUGCCACCCAUGGCUCAGCGAACACUGCGACCGCAGUCGGCCAAACCCCUGCCGCCAGCGCAAUCCCAGUAUCCUGCUCAACCAGGGCAAGAGCCGUCGCAGACCGACAGAUACUCCUACGGCAAAGAACAGAUGAGCCCACCGCCUGGUCCUCCGCGACAGCCUUCUUAUGCUACAUCAGCAGCCUCGGUCGAUGCAGCGCGUGUCUCAUACUCCACAUCGAAUUCCACCCCUACACCGACGUCUCCUACAUCCUCAACCACUUCAAGGCCAUCUUCAGGCGCACGAACGCAGUCUUCGGUGGCCGCCGCACAGGCUGCCAUGAGUAAAACUACUCCUCCAGCGCCCGGGUAUGGUCGAAGUAACACAGACUACCAGCCCCAGGGCAACAGAACUUCGGGCGGCAAUUACCCUGCAGACCAACGAACUCCCCAACAACCACAGGCUCCUCAACAAGCCCCGUAUGACCCUUCAGCUUACGCAAACAUCCCAAGCUAUCCACCAGCGCAGGCGCAGCAAGGAGGGAUGCAAUCGUAUCCGCCAGGCAAGGGCUCAUAUGCUCUUCCACAGCCAUCCCCACAAAUGCAACAGCCGCAUCAAUCACCAAUGUCACAGAAGCAGCCAGAGGCGAUAGCACAAAUACCUCCAUCCAAGCAACUUCCUCCUGCAAACCCAGAAAACAAGGUCACCCCAUCAGCCAACACACAGGGCUCUGGAAAGCGGAUAGGUCUGGAUCACUUCAACUUCUUAGCAGUGCUUGGUAAAGGUAAUUUCGGAAAAGUCAUGCUGGCAGAAACGAAGAGCACGAAACAAUUAUACGCCAUCAAGGUAUUGAAGAAGGAGUUCAUCAUUGAGAAUGAUGAAGUCGAGAGUACGCGCUCAGAAAAGCGAGUGUUUCUGAUUGCCAACAAGGAACGGCAUCCAUUCUUGCUUAGUCUGCAUGCGUGUUUCCAAACCGAGACUCGUGUGUACUUUGUCAUGGAGUACAUCAGUGGUGGUGAUCUCAUGUUGCACAUUCAAAGAGGGCAAUUUGGUACCAAACGGGCGCAGUUUUAUGCAGCCGAAGUUUGCCUCGCACUCAAGUACUUCCAUGAAAACGGUGUCAUCUACCGAGAUUUGAAGUUGGACAACAUUCUACUAACUCUAGACGGGCACAUCAAGAUUGCUGAUUACGGUCUAUGUAAGGAGGAGAUGUGGUAUGGAUCAACGACGAGCACCUUUUGUGGUACACCUGAGUUCAUGGCACCAGAGAUUCUCCUGGACAAGAAAUAUGGUCGUGCCGUCGAUUGGUGGGCAUUCGGAGUUCUCAUCUACCAGAUGCUUCUGCAACAGUCACCCUUCCGCGGUGAAGACGAGGACGAGAUUUACGACGCGAUCCUAGCCGACGAGCCACUAUACCCCAUUCACAUGCCUCGCGACUCCGUUUCCAUUCUUCAAAAACUGCUGACACGCGAGCCUGAGAUGCGUCUUGGAUCUGGUCCCACUGAUGCGCAAGAAAUUAUGUCUCACGCCUUUUUCCGCAACAUCAACUGGGACGAUAUUUACCACAAGAGAGUGGCACCACCGUUUGUGCCCCAGAUCAGCAGCCCCACGGAUACGAGCAACUUUGAUACAGAGUUCACGAGCGUAACGCCGGUCCUUACGCCCGUUCAAUCCGUCCUUUCGCAAGCGAUGCAGGAAGAAUUCCGCGGAUUCUCUUACUCGGCCGACUUUAAUUAG